UUUACCCUCUCAACCCGCCUGCAAACGUCACGUUGACCGUCUGUAACCUCGAACUGCUGAGUGGAUUUGCUGUGAUUCAAUCAAGUUGUGCCCUAAGUCGUUUAUGGCCCGUCACAAUCAGAUCAAGCUCGCUGUCUUGUCGCUUGAUGGUUGUGAUAGCGCAGCCACAUGGCCAUGCUUCAAUCCAUCUUACAGCUUUACUACGCACCUGACAGGAGUCCACCCAAUCACCUUCCCCCCUGGAUUCUUACCCACUUUUUCUUUAAUGGAGUAUCCUGCCGCGACCACUUGGGAAUAGGUUUUGUCAAAAUGUCAGAUGUUCGCCUUUCCGACGCGACCGUGGAGAGGGUGGACGCGCCGCAGCAGGACAACGGCAAACCUCCGGUGCGCAGGGUCCUUUUUGGGAGACCCGACCCGAAUGAGAUACGCGACUGUGUGACUGCUUCCAUCGGGGAGGGCGUGCAAGCGUUUAAGGAGCGCUACAAUUUCGACCCGGACCUCGAGACGCCUCUUUCCGCGGGGAACUUCGAGUGGACGGUGGACCCCGGUGCACCGGAGUUCUUCUCCAGGCCGCCUCACGGGAGGAGACCGUUGCCCGCAGGGGCUGAAGGAAACCAGGCGCAGGAAGCCAACAAUCUCGCGGAGCAGUAAAGCCUAUGUGAAGGAGAGCGCAGAGAGAAGAGACAGCCCUCGCAAGCAGGCUCUCCUAUAGGAAGGCACGAGAGGCUGCACAAGCACUGAACAUGUACACUAUCAAGUUUUGGCACUCUUAUUGAUAUUCUUUUUUUAAUUCUUAAAUUGCCUCAGAAGCAGCAGACAAUGUAGCAAAAGUGUGCAUAUUGAUGACCCUCCCUUCCCCAUCGUUUGUGCUGUUUUUACUACCUAUGUUUUUAUAUGUAGCACAUAAAAAGCUAAAUGCUUUUCAUGCCUGUGUUUUUGGAUAAUAUGUGUGAAUUUUGACACGGGUGGUGGAGUGGUUUAGUUGCAGCGCAAUUUCCACCUCCCCCCCUAAAAUAUUUCAAGUGGUCAUGUUAUGUUGUAAUUAUUCAGGUCUUUUUUUUUUAAAUGCAUAUUUCAACAGUCAUCAGGGUUGUAUGGAAACUUAAAUGUCUUCCUUUUUGUUCUGGCUCUUCCAUGGGAACAGCCACAAAAGACAACGUUUACAUGAGAAUCUCUAUGUCCCCCUUUUUUAUUUCAUCCUGUUGUUUUUUGUUUUUUUUUCCCCAGAGAUUUGCCAAAGUGUGCCUUUUUUUUUGGUUUGGGGGAUGGACAGUUGAGCAAUAUUCGACCAAAUUUGCCAAUAAGAAUCCUAAGAAAUUUUAUUAUUUGAAUGCACCCCUGAGUGAUGAACAGUCCAGAUUCAAAAGAUAGAUAAAUAAAUAAAUAAAUCACUGGGCUACUUAUGCAAAUAUGUGAAAUUCAUGUGGAACAUGUAAAUUGCACUAUUAUUCCUCAUUUUUGUGUGGGCAGAACAACAAAAGCGCCCUCUCUGAAGUGGACCUCUGUGCCUUUUUUUUUUUUUUUUUUUUUUUUGGAAAAACACUGAAAAAAGUAUACUAACUUAUUUAUGUUGUGUGUGUGUGUGUGUGUGUGUGUAUGGCUUUCCCAAAGCGACGUUUUUUUGUAAAUAUAUUUUAAUCAUUUGAAAAAGGUAAAUAAACGGUUGUACAUCA